UAGAAAGAUCGAAUCCCACUAUUGCCUUCCCCAUGGCUUCCGCUCUCCUCCUGCUCCUCGUGUUCUCCGUCCUCAUCCUGCGCCUUUCCGCCGCCGCCCACCGUUCCCCUUCUGACCGACGAGUCUCGAACGUCCUCCCCGGCGCCAGAGCAGAUCCCUCCACUACUGUCUCCGCCUCCGGCGCCAUCGAGCAGGCCUGCGCCGCCUCCCGAUUCCGGCAGCUCUGCGUCUCCGCCCUCUCCUCUUCUCCCCACUCCCUCCCCCCCAACCCCUCCGCCGUUGACCUCUCUCUGGCGGCCGUUUCCGCCUCCGCGCGCGGCCUUCAGGUCGCCUGCGCCAAUGCCCGGGCCAUUCUCGAGGCCUCUGCCGCCAACGUUAACCGCACCAACGCCGCCCGCAACUGCCUCGAAUUCCUCUCCCUCGCCGACUACCGCCUCUCCACCGCCUCUAAGGCACUUUCUGCCGGCGAUCUCGGCGGCGCGCGCCUAUUCGCUGGCGCCGCGGAGCUCUACCAGUACGACUGCUGGUCGGCCUACAAGUACGUCAACGGCACGCAGCAGGUAGCCGACGCGAUGGCGUACCUCUACGCCCUCGCCAACCUCACCGGCAGCGCUGCCUCCAUGGUCGCCGCCCUGCAGCGCUACGGCAGCAACAUGUCCCUGUGGGCCCCGCCGCAGACGGAGCGGGACGGUUACUGGCCGCCGGACGUCCCAACCGGCAAAGCUUCAGAACGCGUCGCCGCCACCGCCGCCUCCGAAGAAUGGUCUCCAGACGCGACUGUCUGCAAGGAUGGUGGCGGGUGCCAGUUCACGACAGUGCAGGCGGCGGUGGACGCCGCGCCAUCACAAUCCCCGCGGCGGCACGUGAUCUACAUAAGACAGGGGAUUUACGAGGAGACGGUGCGGGUGCCGCUGCAAAAGCCAAAUCUAGCAUUUAUCGGCGACGGCAUGGGGAAGACGAUCAUCACCGGCUCCCUGAACGCCGGCGUCCCCGGCAUCUCCACGUACAACACCGCCACCGUCGGCGUCGCCGGCGACGGGUUCAUGGCGCGGGAUUUGACCUUCGAUAACACGGCGGGGCCGGAUGCGCACCAGGCGGUAGCCUUCCGGUCCGACAGCGACCUCUCGGUCCUUGACUCCGUCGAGUUCCUCGGCCACCAGGACACGCUCUACGCGCACUCCCUCCGCCAGUUCUACACUCGCUGCCGCAUCGCCGGCACCGUCGACUUCGUCUUCGGCAACUCCGCCGCCGUCUUCCGCGGCUGCCUCCUGCUGGUCCUCCCGCGCCAGCUCAACCCCGAGAAGGGCGAGUCCGACACCGUGACCGCCCACGGCCGGACCGACCCGGCUCAGCCCACCGGCUUCGUCUUCGACCGCUGCUCCGUGACCGGCAGCGACGACUACCUCGCGUUCUUCAGGUCCAAGCCGGCGGUCCACAGAGUGUACCUCGGGCGGCCGUGGAAGGAGUACUCGCGGACAGUGUUCCUGAACUGCCAACUGUCAGGGGUCGUGAGGCCGGAGGGGUGGUUGCCGUGGGACGGCGACUUCGCGCUGGCGACGCUGUACUACGGUGAGUUCGGGAACUCCGGCGAGGGGGCAAAUGCGACCGGGAGAGUGGCCUGGAGCAGCCGGAUUCCGGCGGAGCACUUGGGAGCUUACUCCGUGGAGAACUUUAUACAGGGGAAUCGAUGGAUACCUCCCUCUCUGCUGUAUGACAUUAAGACUGGAAUUUGAGAAAAGACAAUAACAAAUCCAGUGAAUUGAGUUUGAUCCGGUUGGGAUCUUUUGAGAAUGGGUUGACGCCUACGGGGAUCAAAGAGAGAAGAAGACGAAAAAUAAUUAAACUGGUCAGAUUGUCUGGUACGUGUACCUCGACCUGCCUACACGGGCACCUUUUUAUAUGAGUUUGAAGAAGGGAAGGGGGCAAUACUUUUACGCCA